AUGCCGCCUUAUACGCGGAAAAAGGAGGACUUGGAUAAGGAUAAGAUGGAAAGAUCGGUGGACAGCGCCGGGGCAGCGGGGCGGGGAGAGGGGAUGGGGCAGGUUCUGAAGGUGGGCGAGGACUGGAUUUUCCUCUUCCUGCUGGGAAUGCUAAUGGCCACCAUCAGCUUCAGCCUCGAUGUCAUCAUCUCCAAGUUCCAGCGAGGCUCUGGCAUUCCCGAGUUGAAGGUCACUCUGCGCGGCGUCGUGCUUGACGAGUUCUUCACCUUCCGAACCUUUGUGGCGAAACUCAUCGGCGUCAUCUGCACCCUGGCGGCUGGGAGCACCAUCUUCCUGGGGAAAGUGGGCCCUUUCGUUCACAUGGCAACCAUCCUAGCCACGUUACUGGGGAAGGUCAUGGUGAAGUUUGCGGGUACCAAGGAGGUGUCCUGUUCAGCGUGGAGACCACAGCCACCCCACUUUGCCGUGCGGAAUUAUUGGCGGGGGUUUUUCGCUGCGACUUGUGCUGCCCUGAUGUUCCGAGUCCUGGCCGUGCGUGAACAACGAGCACGCACCAACUGGAGGGUGGAGUUCCCCUUCGACCUGCCCGAGUUCCUCUCCUUCGCCAUCCUUGGGAACCUCACAAUAUUCCUCACCAACCACAAGAAGAUCUCCAAAUUCAUGGCUGAUAACAAGAUUCUCUUCGCUGGGUUCGUGGCUCUUGUGUUGGCGAGUAUGACUUUCCCUCAUGGAGUCGGACAGUACAUUGGUUCGAGGCUCUCCAUGAAGGAGCAUCUGGAAACGUUCUUCGACAACCGAACGUGGGGCUCCGACGAGCAGGUGUUACAGAACAGCAGCAGCCAACCCCCCUUCCCGACCUACAACGCCAAGUGGCUUCAAUGGACACACCCCAGACUCUCCUCUCUGGAAAUGUUGACCUUCUUCAUAAUACUCAAGUUCUUCAUGCUGUUGUUGGCCACGACGAUGGUGGUUCCCGCUGGUUAUUUCCUGCCAGUGUUUGUUUACGGUGCUGGCCUUGGGCGGCUAUACGGGGAAAUAAUGGCAAAGAUCUUUCCGGAAGGAAUCAUAUCGGAAGGAAUUCAUAUCAAGAUUACUCCUUCGGGAUACGCAUUGGCGGGGGCUGCUGCCUAUUCUGGAGCUGUCACCCACACCAUCUCCACUGCCGUGCUGGUCUUCGAGUUGACGGGCCAGAUGUCUCACAUCCUGCCAGUGCUCAUCGCCGUUCUGGUGGCCAAUGCCAUCAGCCAGCGGUCACAGCCUUCCUUCUUUGACGGGAUCGUCAUCGUGAAGAAGCUCCCUUACCUGCCCAAACUGACUGUGGGCAAGAGUGGCGCCCACGACAUCUACGCAGAGGACUUCAUGGUGACGGACCUAAAAUAUGUGGCGAAGGACCAGAAAUACAAGGAUGUCCGAUCCCUGCUGAAAAACACCGAGCUGAAGCAGUUCCCACUGGUUGACUCUACAGAAUCCAAGGUUCUCCUGGGGUCCAUUAAGCGUAAAAAUCUGGCCAAACUCCUUGCCAAGCAGCUGAGCCCGGAGAGGAGACUGCGGUACCGCCAGCAGCAGCAGCAGCAGCAGACCAAGGAGACAUCUGUGGAGCAUGAGAGUGUUCCCAGUUUGAAAUCAAACACUUCUGACGGUGAGGCCAGUGCCCAGAUUUCGGAAACCCAGCCAACCAAUGGGGAGGAUAAUAUCUACCUUGAAAAUGAAGAGAGAAAAUCUCAGACCAAGGUGGACCCAGAAUGUUGGCCAAGCAAAAUAACCAGGAAGAAGCGGUUUCACUGCUACACUGUGGAUGGAGAGGAAGUCUUCGACACGAUGACAACGAGUGAGGUGGAGGAGUGGGAGUACCUUCAGUUUCAGGAAGCCCUCCAGCUGGACGAGUGUGUCAUUGACCCAGCUCCUUUUAGGCUUGUAGAGAAAGAAACACUCUAUGAGUGCUACGACCUCUUCAACCUUCUUGGGCUCAGGGUUGCAUACGUCACAUCCACCGGGAGGCUGGUUGGAGUGGUUGCUCUGAAAGAGCUCAAGGCAGCGGUGGAGAGCUGUGUGAAGGGGACUCCGGCAAGCGAAAGCCCGUCAAACGAGGCGGAGCUGUCCCAGAAAAUCACCCUGAUCGAGAACGAGAGAGUCAAAGACAACUGA